AUGAAACUGUCUGAUGUUUCAGUUUUUAUAAACAGCAUCAACAAUAAGAAUAGCCCAUUGUAUUUUGUAAACAACAACAAUAACAACGAGAAGAUUAAGUAUUCAACGAAAUGUAGCAACAAUACGAAGAAGAAAAGCCAUUAUUUAACAACAAGAAGAAGCAAGAACAACAAGAACAAGAACAAGAACAAGAACAAGGACAAGAACAAGGAGUUGAAUGUAAUGGUCAAUAAUGGUAACGGAAGUGUGUCAUCAGUCAGUGGCACAGAAUCGAUGGAAAGAAUAAUGGAAAGAACGGUUACUAACUUUUUGCAAGCCUUGCAGACUAACAUCAUCAAUGGGAUGCCGGAACGGCGAGAAGAGCCGGUUACCAUAAAACAGUUCCAGGAUCUGAAACCCACUACCACAUUUACCGGUGACCCAGACCCAAUGGUAGCAGAGGCUUGGGUUAAAGACAUGGAAAAUAUUUUUCACGCCCUACCCUGUAUCGAAAGACAGAAGGUAACUUUCGCCAUUUUCACUUUCAAAGACAAUGCAUAG